GAGUAUGCCAAAUACUGGAUUGUUUUGCCUGCCUAAUUACAGUGUAUCUUUAGCUAGCCUCUCUUCCAUAUGAUGCAGUAGGAUAUAAGACAAGAGUAAGUUGGAUGUCCUCAAGCUUUGUGAAGGACCAAGGAGACACCUCUGAAGGGAACUAUUGAUCCAAGACAACUCUGAGGGAGAUACUUAGUAGAAGGACGGCUUGGUAAAGAUGUGGACUAGUGGCUUACUAGUUGCUACGUUCAUCUGUCUUCUGGUUGUACGGUUUGUAAAGCUUCUCUGGGCACGCCGGCAAUUUCCUCCUGGACCUGUUCCCAUCCCCUUCAUUGGAAGCCUAUGGAGAGUUGGCUGGAAGAUACGGCAGGAUACUCUUUUGAAGCUUGCGAAGAGCUAUGGAGAUGUUUUCACCCUCUGGAUAGGACACUUUCCUGUGGUUGUUUUGACAGGAUUUAAAAAUGUGAAAGAAGGACUAAUGGACAAUUAUGAACGACUGUCUGGACGACCCAUGAUGCCCUUUUUCAAAUUAUUGGGCAACAGAAAUGGUGUCAUGUUUGCCAAUGGCAAAACCUGGAAGGAUCAGAAGCAUUUUGGCCAAGCGACCAUACAGACAUUAGUUCAGAUGCAGAAGGACUUGCAACAUCAAAUAAACAAGGAAGCUGGUCUUCUUGUGAAAACCUUUGCACGGGAAAAUGGACAGCCGUUAGAUCCUUCAUCGGCCCUCAUGCGUUCAGCCUCCAAAGUGAUUUGUACUGCAGUAUUUGGCCAUAAUGUCCCCAUUGAGGAUGAAGCUUUAUGCAAGUUGACUGAACAUAUCAGUAUUGUCACCAAAUUCAGAGGCAGUGUUGGUGAGACGUUAUAUAACUUCUUCCCUUCGCUCAUGCAACACAUCCCUGGACCUCACAAGGAGGUAUUUUCCUCCUGUGAAUUUAUCCGUUCCUUUAUCAAGAAGCAGGUAGAAAAACAUAAACAGAAUGCUGUAGCACACCAUGAGCCACAGAACUUCAUUGACUUCUAUCUGGCCCAGAUCCACAGGGAGAAAAUGGACUCUACAACUACAUUUAAUGAGGACAACUUAAUUCAAGUUAUCGCUGACCUGUUUGCUGCGGGCACAGAGACCAUAGCUGUUACCCUGUCAUGGGGUUUGCUAUUUAUGGUGACUCAUCCUGAUAUUCAAGAGAAAGUCCAGAAGGAGCUACAAAGUACUCUGGAUCCCUCCAAACUGAUCAGCUAUGAUGAUCGGAAGAAACUGCACUACACCAAUGCUGUGAUUCAUGAGAUCCAACGCUUCAGCAACAUCGUAUUGUUUGGCUUGCCCAGACUGUGCAUACAGGAUUUAAAUAUAUUUGGCCAUUUCAUUCCAAAGGAUACGCUGGUGGUCGCAGAUCUGUGCUCUGUUCUUCUUGAUCCCAAGCAGUGGGAGACACCUGAACAGUUCAAUCCCAACCAUUUCUUGGACAAGGAUGGAAAAUAUACAGCGAGAGAAGAAUUCUACACAUAUGGAACAGGAUGCCGGGCCUGCCUGGGGAAGCAGUUAGCACAGUCUGAGCUCUUUAUCUUCUUCGCCUGCCUGAUGAAAGCCUUUACCUUCCGCUGGCCAGAAGGAAUCAAAGAAAGUAACGUGCAACCUAUAAUGGGCCCUGUGGUACAUCCCAGCCCAUUUAAGAUUUGCGCCGUUCCUCACCAGGCUGCAGUGCAUCGAAGUCCAACACAAGACAACUCAAAGAGUACUUGAAUAUUUGGCACUGUACAUUUUUUGGAGUCCUACUAUUUAACUUGUUUGCUUAUCUUCAUUUUACCAUUCCACAUUUCCACUCUGCAAUGCUUGUUUGUGAAGACACAGUGACCAACUUGUUGUCAUGUGUUUGUUGUCUAGUCCAACUUAUGAUAAUUCUGUCUUAGCAUUUUUUUGACAAGUUUUUUUUUUAAAAUAUUUGGUAUACCUGUAUUUUCAUAUGUAGAUAAUGGGAUAUGUUGAAGAUAGGACUCCAGUCUAAACACAAAUUUCAUUUAUGUUUCAUAUAUACAUUAUGCAUGUAGCCUGAAAGUAAUGGUAUACAAUAUUUAUAUUGUGCAUGAAACAAAGUUUGUGUAGAUUGAGCCACCAGAAAGCUAAGAUUCUCCAAUGGAUAAUUUUGGACUUUGGAGUAUUAUAGAUUUCAAAAUUCUGGACAAGUGAUACCUAUAUGGAGAAGCUAAAGAAAUUCUUUUUGGACUUUCUCUUCCUUGUACAGAAAGUACAUUUUUUUCUUCUUGUAAAAUUUGUUGCUAUUUAUUUAUUUAUAUUAUUUAUGUUAUUUAAAAUAUUUACCGCUAUAUCCUGCCUUUCAAUACAGAUUCAAGAUGGUGUAACAGAGUAGAGAAAUAAGCAAUGCAAUACUGAAAUGGAUGUCAUCAACCACAUAAUGUAACAUGUGCCAGCUAAAUAGAUUAUAAUAAUACUAAUAACACUAUAUUUAUAUACUGCUCUAUCUCCCAGAGGGGACUCAGAGAGGAUUACAGAUAGGCAAACAUUCAAUGCCUUUAAUACAGUGGAAUAACAAUGGCAUACAAAUACACAAAACAAAGGCUUUUCGGCUUUUCUCGAGGCAGUGCAACUCUGGUCAUGGUGAGGUGCUCUUGUUCCAAUUCCAAGCUGAGGAGCCUGUUGUCCGUAGACACCUCCUGGUCAUGUUGUCGGCAUGGCUACAUAGGUGCCUUUAUUGCAUUCCUGCCAAAGUGGUACCUAUUGAUCUACUCACAUUUGCACGUUUUCGAACUGUUAGGUGGGGAGGAGCUAGAGCUAACAGCAGGAGCUUGCCCUGACCCGCGGCCUUGAACUAGCAAACUUUAGGUCAGCAGAUUCAAUAGUUCAACAGUUUAACCCAUGGUCUAUUGUUCCACUCAUGACUAAAGUGAUGAAAAAGAGGGCAGGAGUUCUACACAAACUUUAAUAGUUGUAUAGAUGACAAGGUUUCUGAUAGCUUGGUGGUAUAAGGGACACCUCCUUUUUCUUGAAAAUAACACAAUUAACUUUUCCACCUGUUAUUGAUCAUCUACUGCUAUCAAAUUCCAUAAUAGCUAUGGUGAUUGUGUGAAGGCAAAAUGAAUAAUUUAUUUAAUAAAUGUUACAAUAAUGAUUUAAUAAGAGUUACCAUUUCCGUCUUAAAUAACAAUUUAAUGUAAGGCGUUCAGAUUGUCAUCUAUGUGCAGCAAUGCAUUAUUAUUCAUUUUGUGAAAACAGAUUUGCAAAACUCGAUUAAAGUUUCUCUUGUAAUUUGUUGACAGUUUUCUAUUCUUUGAAUUUUUAAUCCUGUAUACAUUUUUGAAAAAUGAGGGUCUUGAAGAUAUUAUCAUUUAAUAUCAAUGGCAUGAAUGCACCUAAUAAAAGGAAAAAUAGUCUACACAUACC